AUCGAGAGCUGAAGUUGGCGUCCAAAAUGGCUACCUUUUGACAUGACAACCAGUGGUUGGCGGAGAUGAUUGUGUUUUGUGUAGUCUAUUUAGCUCCCGCCUGCCCAUUGUGAGCAAAGUACUGCAUAAUGCCACCCAAGAAGGCGGUGACGAAGCCAGCAGGGAGAGGGGUAGCCCCAGUGCGAAAAGCACCUGUCAAAACAGCGGCCCCUGCUAAAGGUGGUGCCAAGAAACCAGGUGUACCAGUUGGCAAAGGUAAAACACCACCAGCCAAGGGGAAAGAAAAUCAGCCUAGCAAACCUGUGAAAAAACAACCAACAAAACAGGACCUGGCAGCUGUGGUUAUACAGAAAUGGGUGCGGAGAUUCCUAGCAAAGAUAGCACUGCAGAAACAGAAGAAAGAAAAAGAAAAUUAUGAAGAACUGAUGGAACAGUUAGAAAGAGAGGGGGGACAUAUUGGUUUCUCACCACCAACAUUGAGAUCUACCAUCACCAGUGAUAUCUCACAACCACCAGUUAUCACCAUCAACAGUGAAAUCUCACUACCACCAGCGACAUCUCACCACUAA